ACGCGUAUCCUCCAUCCGGCAGAGUCGUGCGCCGAAAGUGUGGUGAAGUGCCGAAUAUGUCUACCCGUUAUUGCUCCUCCUCGUCAAUUUACGGCUUGCUGUCAUGGUUAUUGGUGCUGCUCUUUGUGCUGAGUGGGUUGGAAAGACGUGUGUCAGCGCUGCGUUACGCCCAAGGUACGGGCGAUGAAAACUGUGAAACGUUAAAAUCGGAAAUACAUCUGAUCAAGGAGGAGUUCGAUGAGCUGGGACGGAUGCAGAGAACCUGCAAUGCGGAUGUUAUAGUGAACAAAUGUGAGGGUCUGUGCAAUAGUCAAGUGCAGCCGUCCGUCAUAACGCCUACGGGCUUCCUAAAGGAGUGCUACUGUUGCCGCGAAAGCUUUCUCAAGGAGAAAAUAAUCACUUUGACGCACUGCUACGAUCCGGAUGGCACCCGCCUCUCCACACCCGAAAUGGCUACCAUGGAUAUAAGACUGCGUGAGCCAACCGACUGCAAGUGCUUCAAAUGUGGCGACUUCACCAGAUAAGCGCUAAAAGCGGCAUGCAGCAUAAAAAAUUAUACAUUUUUGCAGCUACAAGCACUCGUACAUACAUACAUACACAUAAAUUAUAGCAGCAACGCUGUCUACCUA